ACCACCACGCUUUGUCGAGAACGUAGUCUUCUCAUCACGGAGGACUCUCUCUCACACACACACACACACACACACACAAGAAUUCAAUUCACACUGAUGAUGGAAACAGAGGAAACCCAUUUUCUCCACUCUCACAGAUUCAAGUACCGACACUUUUUGGAUUUUGGAUUUUUCCCCCAAUCUUCUCUUGGGUUUUCGCUUCUUUACAAUAGCCACUAACCCUUUUUCCAUUUAUCAAUCUUCGUUUCUUCUUCUUGGCCGUCUCCUGCUCUGCUAAUUUCAUUCUUGUUGCUUAACUACUUGUUUCUGGUUAUGUUUUGAUUGAAUUUUUGUGUUGCCACUCACCCAUUUGAGUAUUUUCUGUGUUCCCUUUUUGAGUUUUGUAUUUAGUUUUGUCUCUCUCUUGUUUGUGUUUGUGUAAUUAUUCUCAGCAACAAACCCUUUUUGUCUUUUGCUCUUUAGUCUCCAUUCUCACGUUUAAUCUGAUUUCAUUUCUUGGAUUGUACCAUCUUUUCUAUGAGUUCUCUGAGAAAUGAUGAGGAAAACUGAAGAUUUUGCUCUCUUUAGUUCAUGCAAAUUGGUUCUUGUGUCGAUUCUGUUGCUGGUUUAUCCAGUGAAGUUGAUUGUUGAAAAAUCAUAGUCUUUUUUUUUUUUUCUGCUUCUCUGUCCAAAACGUUGAUUCAGUUGUGUUCGUCUGCUUUGAAUAAUGUUUCAAGACGAAGGCACAUCCUCCAUAACUUCCUCCCCUCUCCAGUUCUUCACAAUGAUGUCUCUUUCCCCUAAAUUGGGUUCUCCAUAUCCAUGGCUUAGAGAGCUCAAGUCUGAGGAGAGGGGCUUGUAUCUAAUCCAUUUGUUGCUUACUUGUGCAAAUCAUGUGGCUGUUGGUAGUCUUGACAAUGCUAAUCUUGCCCUUGAUCAAAUAUCCCAUCUUGCUUCUGCAGAUGGUGAUACAAUGCAGCGAAUAGCGGCGUAUUUCGCUGAGGCUCUCGCUGAUAGAAUCCUCAAGACUUUGCCGGGUCUUUACAAGGCUUUUAACUCUACCAAGAUACCAAUGGUUUCAGAGGAGAUUUUUGUUAAGAAACUGUUCUUUGAAAUGUUUCCAUUCCUCAAGGUGGCUUUUGUGCUUACUAAUCAAGCUAUUGUUGAAGCCAUGGAAGGGGAAAAGAUGAUUCAUAUAAUUGAUCUCAAUGCUAAUGAAACUGCUCAAUGGCUUGCUCUUUUGCAAGUAUUGAGUGAGAGGCCUGAAGGACCUCCCCAUUUGAGAAUCACUGGAAUUCAUCCACAGAAAGAGGUUCUGGAUCAAAUGGCUCGUAGGCUGACCGUUGAAGCCGAGAAAUUGGAUAUCCCGUUUCAAUUCAAUUCCGUUAUCAGCCGACUGGAGGAUAUUGAUAUGGAAAAGCUUCGUGUGAAAACCGGGGAGGCUUUGGCUAUCAAUUCAGUUCUUCAGUUGCACACCCUUUUGGGCUGUGAUAAUGAAGUCUCGCAAAAGACAUCUCCAUCAGCAGCCAAGAGUGCAAAUGGAGUUCAAUACUCGAGAUAUCUGCAUGGGAACCAGACCACCUUGAGCGAGUUACUCGACAAGGAUUUGGUUAACGGAUGCAGUCCAAGUCCCGAUUCAGUUUCCUCGUCAGCACUAUCUCAGGCAAAUGCGACGAAGAUCGACAGCUUCUUGAAUGGAUUGUGGAGUUUGACGCCAAAGGUGAUGGUUGUAACGGAACAAGAUUCUAAUCAUAAUGGUUCAACACUUAUGGAAAGAUUACUGGAGGCUCUCCACACAUAUGCAGCUAUCUUUGACUGUUUGGAGUCGAACAUGUCAAGAACAUCCCUGGAGAGGUUGAAGUUGGAAAAGAUGCUGUUUGGGGAAGAGAUUAAGAACAUCAUAGCUUGUGAGGGAGCUGAAAGGAAGGAACGACAUGAAAAACGAGAGAAAUGGAGUCAACGGUUCGAUGUCGUGGGAUUCAGGCAUGUGCCUUUGAGUUAUUAUGGCAUGCUGCAGGCUCGGAGCUUGCUGCAGGGGUAUGGUUGUGGUGGUUAUAGGAUGAAGGAAGACAAUGGCUGUGUGAUGAUUUGUUGGCAAGAUCGUCCAUUGUUCUCGGUCUCAGCAUGGAGAUGUUGUAAGUAGAAUGAAUAUAGAAUCUGCUUGCUUCUUAUAGGCUAAAGAAUUCUUUUCAUUUCGAUUAGAUUAGCGAACGAGAAUGAUCGCAAUGUCGUCUUCUUACUUGAAAAAUCCAUGAGGCCUUCAUGUUUGUUGAAACUAUAAUAUAUCAUCACAUUUGUUUUACUUCUUCUGUGUUGCUGAAGAGUACAGACGUUUUUGUCUCAUCAUGGUUUAUUCUUUGUAUUAGAAGGAAUCCAGUCCAAUAUUUUCAUGUUGGGUAUUUUGUA